AUGGUGCAAAGAAAGGAGAUAGCCAUCGAGCCUGGGAGCCUGCCUCUACCCCCCCCCUACGAUCCUGAGAUUAUGACGGUGGAAGAUACACAGCACCGUCCAGUACCGAAAAGCUUCGACGAGCUGAAGGAAAUCCGCAAGGGAGAAGAAGAUUGCAGCAAAGAAUUCUUCGACGACCCCGAUCUCACCAUUAAUGAUCACGCCAUUCCUAUUUCUGAAAGAUUUUUAACAGCCAUAAGUCUAUCGCGUCGUCAACCCUCCAAAGCGAAAAAGCCUCGACCGGGGAUUCUUUUCUUCCACGGCGGGGGUAGAGUCAUGGGGAAUGUGUUCACCGGUCUCAACAGUCUUACUGAUACCGUUAAGGAACUCGAUGCCGUUGUCAUAAGCGUCAAUUACCGCCUCUCGCCAGAUUACCACGGGACAGAAGUUGUGGAAGACUGCUAUGGCUCACUGGUGUGGCUUUCUCAGCACCUCGACCUUUUCAGGAUUAAUCCCAGGCAAUUCAUGAUUGCAGGAGUAUCAGCUGGUGCUGGUCUUGCUGCGGGUACAAUCCUCAUCGCGAGGGAUCGCAAAGGGCCUCAAGUCUGCGCCCAGCUCCUGAUGUGUCCGAUGCUCGACGAUCGAUGCAACUCUCUGUCUUGCUUGCAAUUUGAGAAUGGACGUGGAUUUUACACAGAGUGGGAUCGUUAUGCCUGGUCGUGUAUCCUUGGACGCGAGGCUGGUCAAGAAGGUGUCAGCCCCUAUGUUGCGCCUGCGCGCGCGACAGAUUUAUCGAGUCUUCCUAUUGCAUACAUUGAUGCCGCAUCUGGAGAGCCAUUUCGUGAUGAAGAUAUUGCGUAUGCCACCAAGCUAUGGGAAUGUGGUGUACAGGCGCACUUGCACAUUUGGGGUGGCGGGUGCCAUGGCUUCGAUUUAUUUUACAAGAGUGAACUUGGUCGCCAGGCAUGCGAGACACGUACCAAGUGGCUAAUAAAAUUCCUUCAUUCUCGAGGAUAA